CGAAUUAGCUACAAUUACUCAUCUUUAUUUUUAGUUAUUGUCAAAAGUCCAUCUAUCAUUUCCUCAAAUAAUUAAUGGAUUUUAGCAAUAAAAACCCGAGUGCCUCUUCUACAUCUGCACAGAUGUUCAGUUCGAGUGCUGAAUACCUGCAGACUGUAGAGCGCUGCUGGGACAAGAGUUACUACAAUGAGCAGAAGAAGCUGAUGAAGCAGUUUCUGGUGCUCCAGAGACAAGGCGUCCAGAGUCAUGUCCCUCACCACACCACUGUGGAGGACAUGAGCAACUGGCUUGUUAAGAACAAGACCCUGGAGCAGUUCAGAAAGGAAGCAGCGGAAGGGAAUGACAUAGCUCACCUGACCUGGGAGGUGAACACUCAACUCAGAAUGAGGGACAUUGAACAUGAGGCUUUUACUGAGUUGGCCACCGACCUUAGUCAACCCAUUGACUCACUUGACUUAAAUACUGACCUCUCCUACCUAAACCCUGAGGUCUGCGAUGAGGUUGUAAGAGCUCUAAAGAGCAUUUCCCGGAGCCUGGCCUUCCAGCCGUACUCCAAGCUGUGCUGUCCCUCUAAGGUGGUGGUGGACAUCGUGCCCAGGCUGCUCCAGGCCCUCUGGUCCCGCCAGAUGGAAGGCCCCUGUGACCGGUACUCCAUGGCCCUGAGCAACAUGAGUGUCACCAUAGUGCUGCCAGUAGUGGAUAACCUCUCUGGAGUUCUGAAGGCCCUUCCUGUCGCUCAGGUCUACUACUCACGUUCCACUGGUGUCAGGAUGGUCCACUCACUCAACCGUAAGAUCCAGUUCCUAAGCAGCCCUGAGGACCUUAGGAGGACUCUUUUAAUCCAAAGUUCCACCCUGAUCAGCACCAUCAUUGAAGCUGUGAGCACGAAAGUCCAGAGGAUGUUUGAAGCUCCUGCUGACUACAUUCCAUUAAGCUCUAUCCGCAGCUGGCUAUCAGAGCCAAAGGCGAGCGAGGUUCGUCCAAAGUGUUCUGACCAGCUGGUAAUCUCCUCGGAGCUCCUGAGGACCAUCAUUGGUCUGAUAGUUUAUGUAGUCUUCGAAGGCCACCUAGAGGAAGACAUCAACCUUCAUUACUGGCCCCUCAUAAAUGACAUAAUCCACCAGCUGUCACUGUGUGGGGUCAAAGUCACAAAGAGAGCGAGCAAGGCUAACUGGCAUCUUGGCUGGGACCAGAUCCUUGAGAUGGUGACAAACAUCCAUACCCAUCUUCACCACUACACUGGCACAGAGCUGGUACUUAAGUUUGCAACAUCUGCCAGGGCCACCAUGCUAACGAGGCACAUGGUUCACCAUGUGGUCGAGGAGCUGGUAAAGCUGAAGGACUUGGAUGAAGGGACAACAGCUUCAGGGAGCAGUGAGUCUGUGGACGUGAACCUGGCAAUCACCGACCACUUUGUCCCUAUCCUUGUCAAAGCGGUGGACUGGCUUCAACCCCUGGCCACUACCCCAGCGGUGGACAUAGCAGCACCCCUAAUCACUAACUCAGUCAAAGUGGACAACAUCACAACAACCCUGACCACUACACCAGUUGACCUCCAGUCAGGGGAUGUUGUGGUCAAACACCCAGCACCCUGCAUUCCAACUGCAGGCUUUGCCACGGCACCAUGCAUACUACCCCCAGGCUUUUCCCCGGCACCAUGCACCCCACCACCAAGCUUUGCUCUUGCAUCCUGCACCCCACCACCAGGCUUUUCCCCAGUAUCCUGCCCCCCACCACCAGGCUUUUCCCCGGCAUCAUGCCCCCCACCACCAGGCUUUGCCCCAGCACCCUGCAUUCCACCCCCAGGCUUUGCCCCGGCACCCUGCACCCCACCACCAGGCUUUGCCCCAGCACCCUGCAUUCCACCCCCAGGCUUUGCCUCGGCAUCCUGCACCCCACCACCAGGCUUUUCUCUUGCAUCCUUACCCCCACCACCAGUCCCUCCCCCGGCCAUCCUGAGACACAUUGUCCUCCGGUUCUUGGAGAAGUCAGGCUGUGCUCCGGCAAACUGCAACCCACCACCAGGCUUUGCCCCGGCACCCUGCACCCCACCACCAGGCUUUGCCCCAGCACCCUGCAUUCCACCCCCAGGCUUUGCCUCGGCAUCCUGCACCCCACGACCAGGCUUUGCCCCGGCACCCUGCACCCCACCACCAGGCUUUUCCCCAGCACCCUGCAUUCCACCCCCAGGCUUUUCCCCGGCACCCUGCACCCCACCACCAGGCUUUGCCCCAGCACCCUGCAUUCCACCCCCAGGCUUUGGCCCGGCACCCUGCACCCCACCACCAGGCUUUUCCCCAGCACCCUGCAUUCCACCCCCAGGCUUUGCCUCAGCAUCCUGCACCCCACCACCAGGCUUUGCUCUUGCAUCCUUACCCCCACCACCAGUCCCUCCCCCGGCCAUCCUGAGACACAUUGUCCUCCGGUUCUUGGAGAAGUCAGGCUGUGCUCCGGCACACUGCACCACACCACCAGGCUUUGCCCCGGCACCCUGCACCCCACCACCAGGCUUUGCCCCAGCACCCUGCAUUCCACCCCCAGGCUUUGCCUCGGCAUCCUGCACCCCACCACCAGGCUUUUCCCCAGCAACCUGCACUCCGUCGCCAUGCUUUGCAGCUAAUGCCAUGCCAGGCUUUGGCACGAAAGUCAUCCUGAAACAAAUGGUCCUGCUAUUCCUGGAGAGGCUCCCUCCUGCAUCAGAGGACCUUGUGUCAGAGUGCCUCACUGUCGCCGAUCGUAUCUGCACGCUGUUUCAAAGCAUCACUGCCAGAUUCCGCAACAUCAUUAAUGAGGACCUGGAGAAAUGUACCGACUCUGACAGUAAGCAGUACUGGGCUUACACCUUCUACUGGGAGUACAUGAAGAGGUAUCCAUCAUCCCAGUGCCUGGGGAUUGAAGCCUUCACAUGUGAUGAGGAGAGAUGUUUAGUGGUGGCCAACUUGUUUGCAAAGAAAAUGUACCCCAAGAUGUUCCUCUCAGCAGAAGACUUGGACACGGCUGAAGAUUCAGGGAGCAAUGGAUCUGUGGACAUGAACCUGGCAAUCUCCGACGAAUUUGUCCCUAACCCUGUCAAGGUGUUGGAGGUGCUUCGACCCCUGUCACUGCCAGACAUCAAAGAGCCCUUGACCACUAUCCAUGACAAAGUGGUGGACAACACAACAACAACCCUGGUUGCUGCCCCAGUUAAGGUGGACAACAUCACAACACCCCUGGCCCUGACCAUUAACCCAGUCAACCUCAAGGUUACGGAUGAACCAGUUGACCUCCAGUCAGAAGAUGUUGUGGUCAUCAAACCAAAGAAAAGCAGAGUCAUGAGAUUCUUCCGUCGACUUUUCUGCCGCAUGUCCAAAGAUGAUUUCAAGGUGUGAACCUGACCAGCUUUUCAGCUGAUGACUUCAGAUCACACACACACAUUUACAUUACAUUUACAUUUUAUCCAG